AUGAUGGCCUCACAGCCGUCGCCACCAGCGGAUCCGCUACAGUUUCAAACUUCUGACGAUUGCAUUAGACAACCGAUUAUUAUCACAAUUUCGUCUUCUUCAUCACUGUCGACGUUACCAACGACGACAACAGCGAUUUCGACAACAGUUACCACAUCAACACCAACCACAGCGUCUGCAGUUGUUCCAGAUGAAUCAUCCAAAAACUGUAAACUGUAUGAGCUGAUUGCUAAUUCUGAUGAAGAAUCUGAACUGAAGAAACUCUGUGAUGAAGAGAUCGAUGUGGCCGUAUGUGGUACAUCGACAGUUAAUUCUAAAAUUCCCGAUACAGUUCAAGAAACGUCUGUUUCGACCAGUAGCAGUUGUGGUUCAGUGCUGCAGAAUUCUAUUCUGCGCAAUAGGGGUGGACGGAAAAAGCAUGAUGAAGAUAGAUAUGAGACAAAGAGUGAUUCACAUUUUCAUCCGUACGCAAAUCCGUCAUCGCCGCAGCCUGUAAUCCACAGGUCAGUGGUCAAAAGCUGUACAGACCUUCGCUCAACUGCACCAGUACUUUAUGAUUUACUUAGCGACGAUUGUGAUGUGGAAAACCGUGAUAGGAUUAACAGUGUCAGUCGUACAGUAUUGCCGGAGCCAAAUUUGAAUGUAUCAUUGGAAAACAACAAUUUACUUAGACCGUUAAGUGUUCAAAUGCCAUUUGUAUCGUCGCCUGGUCUACCAACUUUACCUGCAAUAAACCAGUUUCCUGCCUCGUAUAUUAGUACUCUUUUACAGCAAAAUUUAUUGCAAACCUACUCGUCAGUUAAUAUGCUGAAAACAACUCAAGCAGCAAACUACUUAGAGGAUUUGCCCUCUGUAACACCAAUUUUACCAUCUGUAUUGCGCGACGUUUUGGCAUUCGAUGACGAUACAAAAAAAGGCAAUGGCUUUUUUAAGUUUUCUCCUGCUUUAGUUGAACUGCCUCGGUAA